CCGCUCGCUCCGGGCGUGCUCGGGUCCCAUCUCAGAAUCGCGAGCAUUUGAAAUGUUCGUAAAAAGUUGCGCGGAAAAGUGAAAAUGGUUCGCGUCGCUUGGCCACGCGGGAGGCAGAGAACAAGAUUGAGGAUCGGGUGGCUGCUGUUGGGAAUCACCUGUGCGCUGGUGUCGGGCGCGCGUGCGUCGUGCCCGGCGGAGUGCGCGUGCAGCGGCAUCGUGGACACGGAGGGCGCCGCCGCUCUGCGCGUGGAGUGCGCGGCCGGCGGCCUGCGGGCCGUGCCCAUCGACCAGCUCGACCGCAGCGCACAGGUCCUCAUCAUCUCCGCGCCCCCCAAGCGCCCCAACUUCCUCACCAUCGGGCCCAUCUUCACUCAGCCGGUCCCCUUCUCCAACCUCCGCGAGCUGCACAUCGUCAACUCCAACGUUCCCUCCAUCGGACAGUACUCCUUCUGGGGACUACAAAACCUGCGCUUUCUCAACCUAGCGCGCAACAAUCUGACCGGCGUCGUCGCCGACAACUUCCGCGGCCUCAUCAACCUCACCGUGCUGCACCUCGACCACAACCACAUCGAGCUGAUGCCGAGCGAGACCUUCCACCACCUGCCCGCGCUCAAGACGCUCACUCUCUCCAACAACGAGGUGUCCACCCUCAUGCCGAGACUGUUCAGAAUGCUGGCCAACCUCUCUUUUUUAGACCUGAGUGACAACCCUCUGAGAGAUUUGAACCCGGAAGUUUUCAAAGAUAUCCAGCAUUUGAGAAUAUUCAAAUGCAGACGGUGCCUACUGAAAGGUGUUAAUCCUCAAAUUUUCCACUUCGUAUCUCAUUUGGAGGAGCUCGACUUGGGGGACAAUCAGUUUCAAUACCUGCUGUCGGAUCAGUUCAUCAGCCUGACGCGGCUGCGGCGGCUGCGACUGGACGGCAACGACCUGCCGGUGGUCGUGGACCACAUGUUCGGGCGCCAGCGCGAGCUGCGCGUGCUGUCGCUCGCGCGCAACCGCCUGGCACUGCUGGCGCCCGCCGCGCUCGCCAACCUCACCGCGCUCACCCACCUCGACAUCAGCUACAACAAGAUCGAUCGCUUCCAUCUACAAACCUUCGCCCCCGUCAUCGAAUCCCUGAAAACGAUCAAUUUCAGCGGCAAUAAUUUACCUCUUAACGAAAUAGCGAUCGUCCUACAAAUCUUACCGGGAAUCCACGGCGUCGGCCUCGCUAAUCUCUCAAUAGAGGAACUGCCGCCCCAUUUCUUUUCUUACAGCGAGCACUUAGUAGCUUUAGAUUUAUCUUGGAAUAAGCUAAAAGCAUUUCCAUUUAAAUUACUAUCGAAAACACGUUUCCUACAACGCCUGGACAUAUCACAUAACCAGUUGCAAACAUUGGACGAGAGAGCGCUGGAGAGGCUCGAGGCGAUAGCUCAGAUCAACCUGGUGAAGAACCAGUGGCGCUGCGAUCAGUGCUUCGCGGGGCCGAUGCUGGUGUACAUGUCGACGAGCGUGCUGAACGACAGCAUCCGGCCGCUGAAGUGCUACCUGCCGCUGCGGCUGCGCGGCGCGCGCUUCGCCGACAUGACGCUGGAGCGGCUGGAGGCGUGCCCGAGCACGCGCGAGGCGCAGCUCAGCCUGGUGGCGGGGCUCAUGCUGGUGGCGGUGGGCGUGCUGGCGGCGGCCAGCGUGGCGCUGUGCGUGACGCGCCGCCGCGCCGUGCACUACUACACCAACGAGGAGAAGCGGCGCGCGCACGCGCACGACCACCCCGAGGAGCUGCUGGCGCGCGCCGAGCUGGGCAGCGUGGCCACCAUCCACGCGCCCUACACGCUGGUGGGCAAGGCCAGCUAGCGCCGCGCGCUGCCGCCGCCGCCGCCGCCGCCGCGCUGCCCCCCGCACCGCGCGCGCCGCCCGCCGCCGCCCUCGCCGCUGCGGGGCUCCAUCGUCAUCACCACCGACAUGUGAUAUUUUUUAUAAACGAAAGGCACUGUCCAAAUUCAAUGUGAUUGUUUAGAUGCUCUAAAUUAUAGAAAUAGAAUAGCUCUGUAGACAGAAAGUUACUUUGAUACGGGCUCAAAUAGUUAAGUGUUGGAAAAUUUAUCACGUGGCGGAUUUAUCUGAACUACCUACACAAGUAAAAGUAAAACCACUUUUUUAUUUUAUCAAAAUCACAAUAUUAUUCCCAUGAAUGCUUCAAAAUUGUAGGUAGGUACUUGACGUAACUAUAAGUUGGUAGAUAUAAUGAGUACUAUGCUAAUGAUGAUGUAAAACUUAAGUAAAAAAAAAACUAUAAUCUUUUCUAUUUUCAGUUUAAAAAAAAGUAUUUUUGUAUGGUUACUUUAUAUGUAUAACUGUCAUAAUUAUAUAUGGGUACAUAUAUGUAAUGUAAGAUGUAAGUAAUUACCUACGAGUAAAGUUAAAAAUUGUAACAUGAUUUAGGCACUGAGGCAAAACGUGAUGAGUUGAUGACUCUCUUUUACUUUGUGAAAACUUCGCAGUUGCGCCAACAUUUAUCUACUUUAUAAUUUCGGGCUCCAAAAUGUUCACACAAGCUGAAAGACUCAAAGCUAAUCAAAAUGGACUUCCAUAUAAUUCGAAUUAACUUUUAUUUUUUGUGUAAUUUCCGGUUUGCGCCCAUCUUGUCAAAUCGGAAAGAAAAAUGAUGCCUUCGAAUGAUUGACUACACCCGAGCUCUCUCGUCUUCAAUCAAAUAAGCUAAUAACAAUCUGCGGAUUCAACACUUCGUGUUCGGCAUUACGGACUACAGACAAAAGAUAGGUGUUAUCAUCCGGAAAAGUUAAAGUUUAAAUGAAAGUCUGGCGGUAAUAAAAUGAGAAGCUAACAAAAAGCUCUUGUCCGAAACUCGUAACUAGGCGUGAUUUAGAUGCGGGUAAGAAAAAGCUUUAUGCGAUGAAAACGAGUUCUAUUGUUUGCAUGAGGUGUUGCCGUGAUAAGUGGCCGCGCCGCGUGACCAUGAAACGCACAGCCUAGGGUAGCCUUUUCUAAACAAUUCGAGCAGUGAAAAUCAGCUAAUGUGUAAUGAGCAAAGUCAGCGUAACAUUAGGUACUACUAUGGUCGCCAAUCGCCACUAUUGAUAUUCCAGCGUUAUAAAAACUUGCACUUCGUAACUUAUCUUCUCUGCAUUCAUUAUCAGUAAAAAAAAUAACAUUAGUAAUACACCUAAUUAUGCAGAAAACAAUAUUUGAGCCACAAUUUUAUUAAAUACCUAUAUCAAUAUUUAGCUUACGACCGAAAAACGAUAUGAAUAUAUGAAAAAAAUUACGAGUAGUUACUUACCUGAUGUAUUUUCAAUGAUCUAAAUAAUAAUAAUAAUAAGAUAUAAGAAUGUUUUAUUUAAAAAGACAUUAGCGUUAUGUAAAAUGUAAUACCUAAUCAGCAUGAUUAGGAUAACUUUUGUAUACAUUAAGGUAUUUAUUUAUAUUGAUAGCUUUUAAUACCUUAUUUUAUUGCACUUAGAGUAAAGUACGUAUAUUUUAGCAUGGGUACGUACAUUAAAUCUAAUAUAUUAUUAAGUUAUUGUAUACCUAAUUAAUUUAUAAUAUUCUUGCAGCCAUAACGCUGUGAUUUAUAUAAAGGUACAUUAUACUUUAUUUAUUAAUAAGUUAGUGGCUAAUUGUGUGUUUAUUUUAUAACAUAGUACUAAACAUGGAACUAAGUAGUUUCACCGUAAUUCUGGUUCUAAUCAUAAACUGCACAAGUAUAUAAUUAUGUAUACUGAUUAUGAUUAUACUUACAAUUAUCAUUUUAUGAUAAUAAUCAAAUACAAUUAAGAAAUACAUGUUCAUGGGAUUCUUUUGCAUAAACACAUAAAAUAAAAGUAGACUAAGUAUAUACCUACACUAUAAUUAAGUACAUACAACAUUUUGAAUGUUCAUAAUUAGGGAGGCAUUGUGCCAAAACCCAAAACCUAGUGCUUAAGUAUUUACAAUAAUAUGUCUAAACACAUUUAAUAAUAAUAUUAUCAAUGUUCAUACGAAUAUCAUUGGUAAGAGAACACAGUAGAUUUAACUAAUAUAAAUAUAAUGUGAGCUUAUCUGGAUGUGCAAAGGGCCAAAAGCUAACUAAUCGAAAAUAAUAAAAAAAUAUGUUAUAGUAUUGUGCGGACAUGCAAUAUAGCGAUUAGGUACGUCAAGCUGCUCGAUCAAGUAAAUACUACACUUACUAUGUAUUUGUAUCAUAAUAAUAAUGGUAAAACAACUGCAUGUUACCUAAAUAUUACACAGUGUAAUUCAAUUUAUAUUAGUUAAUAAACUGUCUUAGAUACAUUAAAUACUACUUAUCAACUAUAUACCUAUAAAGUUUAGUACACCACAUAAGUUUACGAGUCAUAAUUUGAAAGUAAAAUCUGAUAGACGUAGGUACUUGGAUGGAUUUUCCCUGGUCUACUUAGAUGACAGAUAUACAUACUUUGUAAAACGGGCAUCAGUAUAGUAUAGUAUAUUGUCCAGUUAAAUAAGAACAGAUAAGUACAGUUAAUAAUGUAUCAUUUUGUGAAGGCUUUCUUUUUAUUUGAUUCCUUGUGUGUUACUGUGUGUAUAACUAUACCUACGUGGAUAGAUAUUAUGUUGUGUUGAAGACAAGUAAGUGAGACAUUAUAUUUAUGUAUAACUUAUUAGAGAGUAAAUACACUUUCACUAAUCGUAUUUCAAGUAUAUUUUAUAUGUUGUAUAAUUAACAGCACCGCUUUAUCCUUACCUUGUAGGUUGAUUGGAAGAAAUCACUGACUUUGUAGAAUAUUAUCGAUAUCUAUGUAUUAUUUAAGUUGUGAUAUAGUGUAUAGGUUUAAAAUAAGGAAGUAGCUUUCACCAUAAUGCCUCUGUGUAUUUAUUUUUAAGUAUAACAAGUAUCUAUUAUUGACUUACAUUUGUGUACGUAACACACGUAAACUUACACUGUAUAAAAAAUAAAUAAGUACCUAUACCUAACUAUUGUAAAUAUUACUUUACACAUAGAAAAACUACAAUUUUACUUUCGGUAUUUAUUAGUUUAUCGUAUUGUACUAACUACUACCAACUUGCAAAAAAGUAGUAUGUUGUAAGUUCUUGUUUAUUUCAUAUAAUUUUACCCAACGAUUCAGGGAACUUAGAUAUCGUACAGUGCAGAAUUAUAAAAUAAUGUACAACAUAAUAUAUAAAAUAAUUUCCCUUUGAUAAAUCAUAUUCCCUGUAAAUUAGAUACAUAUAACAUUAAUAUUGCAUAAUAUUAUAAUGUCGAAUAUAUAUUUUAUUAUAAGUACCAUUGUGUUAAAAUCACAUAUUUGAAUCCAUAAAAACUGCAGAAGAACUAGGCAAGCAUUGAGGUAUAACAAGGUUUUUAGUUAGACACUGACAUAAAACUAUACUUACAGGGUGUUACAAAAGUCGUAUACUAAGCCGAAAGGUGCUCACUCAAGGGCUCAUUCAGAACAACUUAAGAUCUACAACUUUUGAGAAUUCGUGAAAAAAAAACGCUUUUGUGACACCUGUAAAAUCGUUCCCGUAAAAUGUUGUAGGUAUUGUAGAAACUUUGAUUCAUAAAAUAGAUUUCGCAGUAAUUAUGAUAAUUUAACAUUACAUCUAACCCCUCACAAUAUUUAAAAUAUAAGUAUGAAAUCUAUUUAAUACACUUUUUAUGAGUAAACAAACAUAAUAAUUAAUAUUUUAUUUGUACAUGGCACAAUUAUACAAGUACACAUUACUAUACUUGUAAAUAGUAAGUACAUACUUGGGGUUUAAUUAUUAAUAUGAGUAAUAAAACAUAACCGAUAUAAUGUUAUAUGACAUAAACCAACUAUAUGUAUAGUCAUUAUCAUAUUUAUCAUCAUACUACUAUAGGUACUAUAUUUUCAAUUAAUAAAUACUUACCUUAUGGAUUACCCACAUAUAUUAUUAUGUAAUAACUAAGUAAGUAAGUAAUAGUUAUAUAU